AUGCCCACUGGUAAACUGAUUUUAAUUCCAAAUUGCAGUUACAACAUGGUCGAUCAAGGUCUUGUUGAUGAGCCAGUAUUCUCUUUCUGGCUUAAUCGUGAUACGGAAGCAGAAGAGGGUGGUGAGAUUGUCUUUGGUGGUGUUGACCCCAAACACUACAAGGGAGACCAUAAAUAUGUUCCCGUGCCACAAAAAGGUUAUUGGCAGUUCGAAAUGGGAGAUUUUCUUAUAGGAAAUGUAUCAACAGGUUUUUGUAAGGGUGCUUGUGCUACUAUUAUCGAUUCUGGAACGUCCUCGCUUGCUGGUCCAACUGACGACGUCGAUCAAUCGAGCGUCGUCGAUUUUCCUGUAGUACCGGUGCCUUCGGGGUUGGGGAGGAUUAUGUUCAUUUCUAAAUUUUCUCGGCUAGGAGCUCAUGCAAUCAAGAACAUGGUAAAAGCUCCAUCUUUUACGCCAAGGACAUUGUACCCGCCUGUGGUUCAUAAUCAUUAUUUGCGAACCCUGAGGCAAGAACCAUAUUGCACUGCAGCUGAGAAGAAUGUAGAUGAAGGCAGUGAAGAAAAGCAAAAAAUAUCAGUAACAUUUGUAGACAAGGAUGGAGAAGAGAAGCAUAUCAAGGUCCCUUUUGGCAUGUCGAUGUUAGAAGCUGCACACGAGAAUGAUGUAGAGCUUGAAGGAGCAUGUGAAGGAUCGCUUGCUUGUUCUACCUGUCAUGUUAUUGUGAUGGAUGUAGACGACUAUAACAAACUAGAAGAUCCAACUGACGAGGAGAAUGAUAUGUUAGAUCUUGCUUUUGGACUGAGCGAGACGUCUCGUUUGGGUUGUCAAAUAAUAGCAAAACCUGAAAUCGAUGGAAUUCGUUUGGCACUUCCUGCCGCAACACGAAACUUUGCUGUCGAUGGAUAUAAGCCUAAACCUCAUUAG